AUGAAAGGCAAGACGGUCAGUAAGUUCCCUUUUUGUACAUGUGACAAUAAGUGGCUCUUUGAUUCCACGAGUCUAAUCAAGUACGGGCUCAACUUAACGAUACAAUUUGCUUCCAUCAACUUGCUGGAUUUUGAUUCCACCAGUGCUUCUAGAAGGAAAAGAAGACAGCUGGUUGAAGACAGUGAUUGCGAUUCUGACAACGAGAGUAUUAUGGAUUAUGAACAUGAACCGCCAAGUCCCAUAUUAGUACCUGUUGAAGCACCAAAGUCAUCAAUUAGACGCUGCAGCUUCACUAAAGAAGACAGAGAUGUGUCCGCAUUGCAUAUCUGCUACAACAAAAUCGAAAGUGUUAUUGACGAGUUUUUCCCAAUGGCAAAUGAUCGUAACUACAUCACUAUCAAAAAUUUUGUGUGCAACUGCAUGCUUCAACAAGAGCUAGACAUCAAAGAGUUUCUCAAGAGGAUAGUCAACCACAAAUACAGAUCAGAGCUUGCAGACAUUAUUCGUACCAUUUUCAUUGAAAAAUUCGAAGAGGUGAAAUUAGAAAGCUUGAUUGAUUACUACAACAACUUUCUCAAUCUCACUGGUAGCAUCGAAUCCCUAGAUAACCCUCAAUUUUACGAUCAAUAUUACAGAAUAUGGAAGUUUAAAGCUGAAGACUAUUUAACAUACCACGAAGAAUAUUUUUUUGCCUACUUCAACAAUGGAGGCAAAGCACCAGUGCAUACAGAGCACAUUUUGCUACAAAAUGGGUUCUUGACAAACUAUGCACGAUUCAGAUCAUACUUUGCUUACGAUGUGUUGAGCUAUGCGGAUGAUGGGGAAGAUAUUAGUGAACCAGUAAAUGCCCUUCCCGAAUACAUUUCCCAAACGCUGCUUGACAUUCCAUCGAUGGUGUUAGACUCAAAACCAAAGCGUCUUCGCUUCAAUGAAGAAGUCGACUUGAUCAGUAUAAACCGUCAUCUCCCCGUAGAUCACGUCUUGUACGAAAAGUUAUCCAAAAGGUUGUAA